CCCACUCCGGUUUGACGGUAACGACACAACGCAUGGGGAGUUAACAUGACUGACGAGCUAAAAUAACCUUAGUGUUUAAUAGAUUUGGUAAAGUCUGUCGUCUUCUGGAGUAUAUCAAGCUCGUUUUAGAAGUACCUGAUAAUUGUAGUCAUGCGGCGGAGCAAGGCGGAAGUGGACCGCUACGUUUCAUCUGUACAGAAUUCCUCUCCUUCACUCAAAGAGAAGCCAGUCAAAGGGUUUUUAUUUGCUAAGUUGUACUUUGAAGCAAAAGAAUAUGAACUUGCAAAAAGGCAUGUGUCAGAGUAUCUCAAGGUGCAGGAAAGGGAUCCCAAAGCACACAAAUUCCUUGGGCAGCUCUAUGAGAGAGAGGGAGACAUCAACAAAGCAAUCGGAUGCUACAAGCGCUCAGUGGACUUGAACCCAGUGCAGAAGGACCUGGUGUUGAAGGUAGCCGAGUUACUUGUUGAUAAGAAAGAAAGUGACAGCAGAGCAGAGUUUUGGGUGGAGAAAGCAGCAAAGCUCAUGCCUGGACACCCAUCAGUCUUCAACCUCAAGGAGCGUCUGUUGAGUCGUCAGGGCCAGCAGGGCUGGAACCAGUUGUUCGACCUCCUUCAAGCUGAGCUGGCGGCACGGCCAGCUGAUGCUCAUGUGAACGUGAAGUUGGUUCAGCUGUUCUGUCAGGACGGUCGGCUCGAUGAGGCUGUUAAACAUUGUCUGGCUGCUGAGAAGAGAGGCCUGCUGCGCAACAGUCUGCACUGGUACACCGUGGUGUUGCACACGCUGCAGGAGUAUCUGUCUCAUCCCAGCGUUUCUGCUAAUGAGAAGAUGUGUCGACGUCUCCAAAGAGAAGUGUUGUUGACACACUGCAGCCUGCUGAGAAUCACUCUGUCUGACAGCAGCGUGCAGUCAAGCCUAGAUGCAUUCAGAGGGUUUGAUCAAGCGAUGCAGAUGCUGAGCAGCGUCGCCAACCGCCACAAUGAUGAUCUUUUCGAAGUUUUCAUGGAGAUGAAAGGUCACCUCUACCUGCAUGCUGGCACGCUGUUGUUGAAACUGGCUCACGAUCGGCAACAGACCUGGAGAGCUGUCAGUGACCAUACUGCGCUGUGCUACCUGCUGGCGUACCAGGUCCCCAGACCAAAGUCCAAAGUGACCAAAAGAGACUCGUCAGCCCCACAGCUUCUGGAACUGCUGGCAAAUGACCGACAGAGUCAGGCUGGACACAUGUUGUUCAAUCUGAGCUCUGAUGUGUCCAUUUUGAUCAAAGAGGUGGUGGAGGUGUUUGGGAAUCGUGGUGGUCAGGAGUCUGUGUUUGAACUCCUCUGGGGUUCACAGGCCUCCCCUGGAUCCUCUUUUAUAGCCAAUGAUGACAUUCGCUCCAUCUGUGCUGAAGUUCCAGAGCUCUCCAAACUGGCCAGAUGGGACACAGGCUCUAUCUUGUUGCACAGCGGUGAACUGCAACAUCUGAGCUGGUUGGGACUGCAGUGGACUCUUCUGGGCCAAAGGCCACCUAUGAGGGACUGGUUGCAGCAGCUUUUUCCAAGACUUACCCUGGAGACAUCAAAGCUAGACACCAAUUCACCUGAGUCAAUCUGCCUGCUGGAUCUGGAGGUGUUUUUGUAUGGUGUGGUGUUCUGCAGCCACUGUCAGCUCCAGGACACGGCGAAAAUCAGCAGCGAGAUGAGUCCACAGCAGCAGCAGCUCUUUGAGCCUCGCUGCCUCCCGCUUCCUCUCCUCCGCCUCCUGACCACUGACAGGCAGAGGGAGUGGUGGGACGCCAUCUACAGCCUGAUCCACAAACGAGCAGUUCCCGGAACGUCGGCCAAGCUGCGGAUGAUUGUGCAGCAUGGACUGAGCACUCUGAGGGCUGGAGAGAAACACGGGCUACAACCAGCGCUGGCCAUCCACUGGGCUCGGACUCUCAGCCAGACGGGAGAUGGAAUGAACUCGUAUUAUGACCAGAAGGAGUACAUCGGCCGCAGUGUUCACUACUGGAGAGUCGUUUUGCCUCAGUUGGAAAUAAUUAAAAACAGAAGGAGUGUACCAGAGCCCCUUGACCCUCUCUUCUUACACUUUCGCUCCAAGGAUAUUCAGAUUUCUGCUGUGAAAGGUUUGGAAGAGGAAGCCAAAAUAGCAUAUGCUGUUCUCCUGGAUAUAGAAGGCAGAACAGAGGAGGCGAUCGCCACUUUGGAAAGCAUCAGUAACCUGUCCUCCUCCUGGCAUUUGGCACAGAUCUAUCAGCGGCUGGCAGAAGAGGCAAGCAAUGGAGUGGAAGAGACCCAAGACAAGUGUAUAACUUUCCUGAGAAAGUUCAGGAACUAUCUGUCAAAGAUCUACAAUGCCAAUGCAGAUGAUAUCGAUAAGCUUCCUGUGUCCAUGGAGGAGGUGGUGGACCUCCUGAAUGAUGUAAACCAGCAACUCGGGGAGACUGGGGAGGACAUGGAUGAAGAGAAUGAGAAAGAGAUGGAGCGUCAAAGAGCACUCGCUCACUCCAGCCCGGCUCAUCCCGCAGAAAUCAGUGCAGCUAUUUCCCACAUCAAGUUUUCUACUCCUUCUCCAAACAAAAGCAUUGUUUCUCCUUCUAAAAGACUGCUCUCACCAAAGACCCCACCUCAUUGGGUUGAGGACCAGAAAAGUCUCCUUCAGAUGCUCUGUCAGCAGGUUGAAGCUCUCAAGAAUGAGGUUCAUGAUCUGAAACACAACGCUUCAGUGAACGCAGGUUCUCCUCAUCAUAAGUUAUUUGGGGAAGGCUACAGGGCAGAAGGCUUGCAGGAUUCUUUUACCCCUGUCCAGUCCUAUCAUGGAGCCCCUCUAACAGUUGCCACUACAGGUUCCUCUCUGUAUUACAACCAAUCUCCAGCUUAUAACUCUCAGUAUCUUUUGCGCACAGCAGCAAAUGUAACCCCGACCAAGGGUUUAUUGUAUGGUGUGAACCGUAUGCCACCCCAACAGCACAUGUAUUCCUACCAGCCACCCACUCACACACCUCCAUUGCAGACAACCCCAGCUUGCAUCUACCCUCCACAGGAGCAAGCGUUUGGCGCCCCUCUACGAUUUGACUCACCAGCCACAAGCCUUCUUUCCCCGUACAGUGAAGAUUAUUAUGGCCAGAGUGUUUCCCAACAAACCACUAACCCGUCUCUGCCUGAACCAGGUUACUUCACCCAGCCAGCUGUAGUCCCUAUUCAACCACCAAAGAGUGUAGAGGGGAAGUCUGUGGACUUUGGAAAGCUUUCCUUCAACCAGCAAGCUCCUUCUGAAGUUCCCAGGGUAUCAAGUUUUGGUGCAGGACCAGCUGCCCAGUCUACACCUUCAACCGCUUUUAAAUUUAACUCUAAUUUUAAAUCCAAUGAUGGAGAUUUUACUUUCUCAGCUUCUCAAGCUAAGCACAGCGAGAGUUUGCUUGGGCUACUCACAUCAGACAUUCCCUCAAAAGCUGAUGCAGUUCCAGAAAAGCCCCCAGCCCAGGAGCAGCCCUCCAGCCAAACUAACAUUUUCACCUUUGGCAAUAAAAGUGUCUCCAGCUUCUCGUUCACUGAUUCCACACAAAACACCGGAAGCUUUUUUGGAAAGGUGGAGCAGCCAUUUAAAUUUGGUGAUGUGACUAAACCAGUGUUUGGCCUCGGCAAGAGUAUGGAGCAGGAUAAACCAGCUGAGAGUGACCUUGAUAGCACACGUGGUGAGGAAGAUGAGGAUGGUCCUCACUUUGAACCCAUUGUACCUCUUCCUGACAAAGUAGAUGUGAAAACGGGUGAGGAAGAGGAGGAGGAAAUUUUUUGCAACAGGGCAAAGCUGUAUCGAUUUGACACGGAGACAAAAGAGUGGAAAGAACGAGGCAUUGGCAACGUUAAAAUCUUGAAGCACAACGCUAAUAGGAAGGUCCGUCUCUUGAUGAGACGGGAACAAGUUCUUAAAAUCUGUGCAAAUCACUAUAUCACUGCUGACAUGCUGCUGAAACCAAAUGCUGGCUCUGACAAAUCCUGGGUGUGGAAUGCCAUUGAUUAUGCAGAUGAAGAGCCUAAACCGGAACAACUGGCCAUUCGCUUCAAAACAGUAGAUGAGGCUGCUCUUUUCAAAUCGAAGUUUGAGGAAGCCCAGAGGGUUGUUACCCAAUCACCUGAAAAACAAACUCCACAAGAGAAAAAGGAAAGUUCCAAGGCCUCGAAGUCACUAGCAGCCCAGUUUGCACUCAAAGAAGGAGAAUGGGAGUGCUCUGUGUGCUGUGUAAGAAAUAAACCCACCGAUAUGCAAUGUGUGGCUUGUCAACAUGCCAGUCCUCAAUCUUCAGCAAAACCAGAAGUUCAGGCUGCUGGGGAAACCAAAUCAAGCCCAUUCACGUUCAAAUUUGGUACCGAUUCAUCAAAGCCAAGCAGUUCUGGCUCUACAUUUUCUGGAUUUAGUGCUUUUGGAGCCUCUAUACCAUCCUCGUUUAAAUUUGGCACCAGCUCCACAAAACCUGCAGACACAAAAACCAGUGCAUUCUCUUUCGGCUUUGGAUCACAGUUUGGUAAAAAGCCAGAGCAGUGGGACUGUAACAAGUGUUCUGCAAAAAAUGAAGCCUCCACAGACAGUUGCAUUUCAUGCAAGGCUCUUAAAACUGCAAUUAAAACAUCUGUGAUAGCACAAGUUACCCCUGCUGCAGUUGCACCUGCAGCACAGCCUUCUGUGUCUGUCAGUGACUCUGGAUUUGGUGCACAGUUCAGUAAGAAGCCUGGACAGUGGGAUUGUGAGGUAUGUGAAGUGAGAAACGAAGAAUCUGCUGACAAAUGUGUUGCCUGUCAAAGUCUAAACCCUGCAGCAAAAUCUACCGGUGGGGCUCCAGUAGCAUCAAGUAUGCCAGCAGUGUCAGCAUUUGGGUCUGAGUUUGCUAAUAAAGACGAUCAGUGGGAUUGCAAUGCCUGCCUGGUCAGAAAUAAAGCAUCUGCUACCGAAUGCAUUUCCUGCCAUGCUCCACACGAAACUCCCUCUUUAGCAGCCAUGUUUGCCAUGAAGGAAGGAGAAUGGAACUGUGACACUUGUCUUGUCAGAAACAAAGCCUCUACUGACAAAUGUGUGGCCUGUCAGGCUCCAAAUCCUAAUGUUAAAAGCACAAGCAGUUCUGCUUCCUCUGCCUUCAGUUUUUCCUUUGGAACCAAGAGCGCAUCAAGCCAACCUUCUGUAACUGCAUUCACGGUGCCUUUUGGAAGUGGCAGCACUUUUCAGUUUGGUGAAAACAAAAACUCAGAUGCUUCUUUCAAGCUUGAAACUCCUCAGGCUGCACCUACUACCACCACAAGUUCUGCAGGCUUCUCUUUCUCAAUGCCCAUUCCAGCUGGUGACUUCAAGUUUGGCAUUCAGGACACAACAAAAGACUCGGCUUCAUCCGAUGAUCAAACACCAUCAGGGUCGGCCUCUAGUCUCCUUAAAACCAUCGCUGACAAACAUAAAGAGAAAGAAAAUGUGACUGUAUCUUCUGCGAUCCAACCAGAAAAAGAAGAGAAUCCAUUAAUUGCUGGGAAAGGUAAUGCAUUCAGCUUUGCAGACUUGGCAAAAUCCUCUGGAGGGAGCUUCCAGUUUGGCACAAAAGAUCCUGAUUUCAAAGGUUUCUCUGGGGCUGGAGAACAGGUGUUCUCAUCACUACAGGAAACCCCCACCAAGGCAGAAACCUCCAAGAAUCAGGAAGAUGAUGGGAUGUAUAAAACAGAGGAUCAUGAUGAUAUCCAGUUUGAACCAGUGGUCCAGAUUCCUGAGAAGGUGGACCUUGUAACUGGUGAGGAAGAUGAACAGGUUCUGUACUCGCAGCGCGUCAAACUCUUCAGAUUUGACACCGCCACCAGUCAGUGGAAAGAACGUGGUGUGGGAACUCUCAAAUUCCUAAAGAAUGACACCAACGGGCGACUAAGGGUACUGAUGAGACGAGAACAAGUUCUGAAGGUUUGUGCCAACCACUGGAUCACCACCACCAUGAACCUUAAGCCCCUGGCAGGUUCAGACAAAGCAUGGAUUUGGAUGGCCAAUGACUUCUCUGAUGGAGACGCUAAGCUUGAACAGCUGGCUGCCAAAUUUAAAACUACAGAGCUCGCUGAAGAGUUUAAGCAGAAGUUUGAAGAGUGCCAGCGGCUUCUCUUAGAUAUUCCCCUGCAAACCCCCCACAAACUGGUAGACACUGGCAGAACAGCACACCUCAUUAAGAAAGCGGAGGAAAUGAAGUCCGGUUUGAAAGACUUGAAAUUGUUUUUGACAGAUGACAAAACGAAGAUCAAAGAUGACGACACUCAGGGAGACGUUACAACCUCCGGUGAUGUUUCAGGUCUUGCCAUCAAGCCUCAUGGUGAAACCACCGGUCCUUCCUUGGAGUGGGACAACUAUGACUUAAGAGAAGGAGCUAUAGACGAUACUGCUGAUUCAUCGGUUUAUGCUACCCCUGUUUCCAGCAGUCCCUUAAGAAAGAACCUUUUCCGCUUUGGAGAAUCUACUGGGGGCUUUAGCUUUAGUUUUCAGCCUGGCAUCAGCCCUUCCAAGUCUCCUGCAAAACUCAACCUGAGCAGAGUCUCAGUGGGUACAGAUGAGGAGCAGGAUAACACUCAGGACGAAGAACGGGAUGGUCAGUACUUUGAACCUGUGGUCCCUUUGCCUGAUUUGGUUGAGAUCUCUACAGGAGAGGAGAAUGAGCAGGUGGUUUUCAGCUACAGAGCCAAACUGUAUCGCUACGACAAAGAAGUGAAACAAUGGAAAGAAAGGGGCAUCGGAGACUUAAAAGUCUUACAGAAUUACAGCACUAAACGAGUCAGGCUGAUCAUGAGGAGAGACCAGGUACUGAAGAUCUGUUCUAACCACUGGAUCACGGAGAUGAUGAAGCUGGAACCCAUGAAGGGGACCGAGAAGGCCUGGGUCUGGAGCGCCUUGGACUUUGCAGAGGAAGGAGAAGGUAAAAUGGAGCAGCUGGCUGUGAGGUUCAAACUGCAGGAAACGGCGAACACGUUUAAACAGGUCUUUGAAGAGGCCAAGGUGGCACAAGAGAAGGGGGAACUGAUGACUCCUGUGACGUUACGAACUGCUGCACCACAAGACAGCGCAGCAGCAGCACCUGAAAGCACGGCCACCGCUGUUUGUGGGGCAGCAGCAAUCGCUGUUCUAGAGGAAACGACCAGAGAACGAUCAGAGCCACCUUCUGAUGUUGGACCCAGUGCAGCAGGAUCUCCGAGCCCAAUUAAUCCUUUAAAGGCUGUAGUGUCGCCCCCCAAGUUUGUCUUUGGCACCGAUAGCCUCCAGAAGAUUUUUGGGACUCAAAGAACUCUCUCAGAAACUCCAACAUCUGCAUCAGGUUUGAAAACCGCAGAGGCUGAAAGUUCAGUAAAGCACACAUCUGCUGCUCCUGCAUUCAAGAUGAGCACAGGGCUGGAUUUUAGGCUUUUCAAAGAUAACCCAAUGGCUUUUUGGACCAACACAUCCACCGGCCAAUUUGAAACCCCAGCCCCCCUUCAGGCAGCAGGAGGCAGCCCGGGGUCAGAUGAGAGCUCUGAUGUGGAGAUUGUUUAUGUCAAGGAGCCCACUGCUGAACAGGCAGCUUUAGCCAGAAAGCUCCUGCUGCCUCUCACCUUCUUCUGCUACAAGAACGAGCCAGGCUACACCAGCAACGAUGAAACAGAUGAUGAGGACUAUGAGUCGGCAGUGAGAGCCUUGAAUGGAAAACUGUACCCUGAUCCUCAUGAGGCUGCAGCUUGUAGUGAGGUUGUUUCCUCGCACGAAGCUUGUGCUCUGCUCUCAGAGUCAGACUGUCAGGUUGUGUGGGAGAAGAAACCAACACCAGAGGAGGAGGAGAAGGCAAAAAGUCUCCAGCUUCCACCCACGUUCUUCUGUGGCCUGAGCACCAUGGACAGUGACCCUGACGGUGACAAGCCUGAAGACUUUGAGACGGAGGUCUGCAAAGCACACCAAGACCUGGUUGCUCAGUUAAAAGGAGCUGAACCGGACUCUAGCAGUCCUGCAAGCCCCUCAGAAGAACCGACCUCAGCCCCGUCAUCCAGCAGUGCGGAGGCUUCAGGUAUCAGGUCUACAUCAGAUGAACAAACCUCAGACAAGCCAGCAGAGACUCUGAGUGAAACUCCCAGCAGCAGUUUCCCCAUCGACCUGUCAACUAAGAAGAGUCCAGAACCGAAGACUAAAACGGAGACGGACGCUGCUGCUUCAUCUACUACAACAACCGGGCAAGACUCUUCUGCCUUUGGCUUCAGUUCUCUUGGAGGAUUUUCUUUUGCUGACUUGGCUAAAAACACGGAGGGGUUUACAUUUGGAACACAAGAUGAUAAUUUCUCGUGGGUAAAUGCUGGUGCAGUGGUUUUUGGAGCUUCUGGGUCCUCUGAGGCUAAAAGCGAUGCCGACAAGGAGGGAAGUGAUGAAGAGGAAGCUCCUAAAAACGUGGACAUUCACUUUGAGCCUAUUGUUUCUCUACCUGAGGUGGAGACAAAGUCUGGAGAGGAGGACGAGGAAAUCCUGUUUAAGAAGCGAGCCAAGCUGUACCGAUGGGACCGCGACCUUGACCAAUGGAAGGAACGCGGCACAGGCGACAUCAAGAUCCUCUUCCACCCAACCAAACAUUUUUAUCGAAUCCUGAUGAGAAGAGACCAGGUCAUGAAGGUUUGUGCCAACCACACCAUCUCCCCGUCCAUGAAGAUUAAACCCAUGAAUGCCAUGGAUAGUGCACUGGUCUGGACCGCCACAGACUACUCAGAUGGUGAAGGUAUUGUGGAGCAGCUGGCAGCCAAGUUCAAAACUCCAGAAAUCGCUGAAUCCUUCAAGAAAACCUUCUGUGAAUGUCAAAUUCGUAUGGGCCAAACCAGCGAGGACGGUUCAGGUGUCUUGUCGCAGAUGUCCAGAGUCCAAGAGCACUCUAAAGAGACUAACCCUCGGGUGUUCCUCACAGUGGCUGCUGACGGCCAGCCUCUGGGCACCAUCACUGUAGAGCUUUUCUCUAACGUUGUCCCCAAAACUGCAGAGAACUUCAGGGCUCUCUGCACUGGAGAGAAAGGCUUCGGACUGCGGGACUCCAUCUUCCACAGGGUCAUACCAGAUUUUAUGUGUCAGGGCGGUGACAUCACCAACAGUGACGGCACAGGUGGCAAGUCCAUCUACGGCGGCAUGUUUGAAGAUGAAAACUUUGAUGUUCAGCACACGGGCCCGGGCAUCCUGUCGAUGGCUAAUCGUGGACGGGACACCAACAACUCGCAGUUUUUCAUAACCCUGAAGAAAGCUGAACAUCUGGACUUCAAACACGUUGCGUUUGGCUGGGUUCGGGACGGUAUGGAUGUAGUACAGAAGAUGGGACAGCUGGGCACAAAGGGAGGCCCUCCCACAAAGAGGCUGGUCAUCACAGACUGUGGACAGCUGUAAUUCUUAGGGUUUACAACUUAGUUUAGAUUAAAUUAAAGGUGAAGAGUUGGAGUAACUGUGUUCCCUGUGCAGUACACAUCCUCCUCCUGAAAUAAAAUCUUUAGUUGUUUUGCUCUGAUCAUAUGGCUGCAGGUCCCCCAUCAGUGAAAUGUGUCCUAUAAAAUGGAAUUGGGAAACAGCGUGGCAAUCUCCAUGGGAGACUUUUAGAGCAAAUGCUACUUUUGCUUGCAUUUUUAUCUUUAGUUUACUUUGUGUGUAUAUUUGUACAUGGAUUUAAUAUUUUUUUUUGUUAUUUUGCUUGUACUCCCUUUAAAUGCACCCAUCCUCUUUAUAAGACCCACCUUAUUUUCUUUUUAAAUGAGUCUUAAUAUAGUUAAAAAGCAAUCCUGUUCAUUUGAUUACACAUACUGCUUUGUAACUACACCCCUACCUUUUGUUUAUUUUUUUACUGUAGGACUUCUCGUUUUUCCCCUGUACCUUGAUUUCACAGUGCCGGUAACUGGACUUAAUAAUUGACCACAUGGACCGAUUUCUUCCCCCCCACACACACGGUAUUGCUGUUUGAAAGAGGAUACAUUUGGUUUUACAAAGAGGAUUCAUUUC